AAGUUGCGUGCCGUUUUCAGAACUUUUUCUUUUCAGACCAAAUGGGCUGGAUUACGGUCAAUACGUGUACAAGGUGCCACAAGGCCGCAUCGGACCUUACCUCGUUGGAAUGAUUUCCGGCUACAUCGUGCAUACAAGGCGUGGCCAGAUCGUCAUGAAGAAACGCUAUGCGUGCGCAGGCUGGAGCGCGUGCGCCUUGCUGAUGCUGGGCGUGCUUCUCGCCAUGUGGCCGGUGCAGGCCAACGGAGGCGAGUUGCCCUUGUACGCCUCAGCUCUGUACAGCGCCUUCUCGCGCUCCAUCUGGGCCGCGUGCAUCGCCUGGAUUUUAGUCUGCUGCCUCGAAGGCUACGGAGGUCCGGUCAACGCCCUACUGUCGUGCAAGUCUCUGGUACCUCUCAGCCGGCUGACCUUUGCCGCCUAUAUCGUCCAUAUGGUGCCCAUCAUGGUUUUCAUCGAGUCGCAGCAGCACAGUUUCGACUUCUCCAUUUACCUCGUGUACGCCUUCUACUUUGGAAACCUGGCUCUCACUUACCUUCUGGCCCUGGUCGUGUGCCUGCUGUUUGAAGCACCUAUUUUCAGCAUUGAGAAAAUCCUGCUGGCUGGAAGGAUGUGAAGCGAUAGAACUGUCUCACUGCAGUUCACUGCUGCUUUUUUUUUUUUUCUUGGAGUGGGUGGGGGGGGGGACGAGAGAAGUGUGUGACACUCGCGCCGCCUUUACGCACGUCUCGGCGACCCAUUGGUGUCGACUGCAGUCACUAGAAAAUUAUCGUCCGCACGUGUGUCUUAGACAUAAUGUGUUCCACGCUGUUUGUGAAGGGCUGACAUACCCCUGCAGAGACCCGUAGCGUAGUGCACCUCGUCGCACAAAAUGCAGUCGGACUUAUCGAAAAGUAUCAACCGAUACGGGAUGAUAUAAAAGCGCACGAAACAAACACCGCCGUUUCCUUUUUUUGCUCAAUGUGUCUGUCUGCUGCUUCAGCGUUUGCGCCCGCUGACAUUGUUCGAAAGUAAUCGUUAGCACUAAAGUAUCCUUGGAUGUUGAAUGUUUAUUUAUUACUGCCGGGAGGGGCGCGUGUGUCAGAACGAAACGCUACAAAAUGUAUAUAGCUCAGAAGCCUUCUAGGCCCGCCAAAAUAAAUGCGCCAAAUGGCAGUACAGCACCAAUUGUUUCAGUGCUCACAUUCCUAGUAGAAUAUAAAGCAUGAGAGAGCCACUUUUGUUUUUAUGCAUCACAGAAGGAAGUCAUAAAACGGCACCGUAUAUAAAAAGACGAAAAUAAAUAACGCGACAGUUCAUCCUGGCAAGAAAGAGAAAUAAUUGCCUCACUCGAUGUUAACUGUUGCCGAUUGUUGUAGCUAAAAGGCAAUUAAUAUAAAACUACUGAGUUCUAUUGCUAGUACUAAGGAAAUAUCAGUAUACAACAUCAUGUUUCGAACACAAGAAGUUAUACUAAUAUCUCAAGAAACUCUGAAGUUCCU